AAGAACCCAAAAAAAAAUAAUAAUAAAGAGAGAGUCUAGGAAUGAAAAGAGGAAGAGUUGGAGCGAGGAUUUGGGAGAGAAAUGAGUGAGAAAAAUAUAUUCAUAGUAAGCUAAAGAUUUGCAUGUUUUUGAAUUUUGACAAAAAAAAAUGAAUGUACAACAUUUUAGUAUAUAAUUUUUUGAUCUGAUCUGUCUCUCAGACAAACUAGGAUUUUGAGAGAAAAUCUGAAACCUCUCAGAUAUAGUGAUCCUUUUCUUUCCACUCGCUUUUCAAUAUUUCACCUGAAAUUUUGGCUAGGCUUAUGGGUUUGUUCUCUUGACUUCCAAUAACUGAGAGAUUUUGGGUAUCUUUUUCUAAACUUUGUUGCGUCUUCUUGUAUAUUUUCUCUAGAUUUUCCUCUUGAUAUCCUUAAUAAUUUGAUUUCAAAAUCCUUGUUUCUUGAUUCCAAAGAUUUCACCUCUCUAAAUCUCUUUUCAUCAGUUUAAAACAAAAGGCUUAUAUGAAAACACCAACAAAAAGUUCAUAUAUAAACAGUAACAUGCAUGUGAGUACCAGGCUAGGAAUUGUUGGCAUCUUGUUUCUGACAAGUUUUUGAGAUUUGGGUGUUUGUGUAAAGUUUUAUAUCUUUGGGUUUUUGUUCAAAUUUUUUGUUGUGAAAACUUUUGUGUUUACCAUAUAUAUGGAAGCUAGUAAAAACAAUGGCUGACCAAGAAGAUCAAACCCAAAGGUAUAGCAAUAGCAAUACUAGCAGUGGUGGUGGAAUUGGAAACAAUAUUGGUAGGUCUUCCAAGAAGCAUAGGCCUAAAAAAGUACCCCAAAGGGGUCUGGGUGUGGCACAGCUUGAAAGGAUAAGAAUAGAAGAACAACAAAAGAAAGAUGCAGCCUUAGCUGUAAUUUUGCCUUCCCCAUCAUCUGUUAUUUCACCACCACCAACUCAUCAUAAAUCAUCAUAUCUUUCUUUGCCAACCCCAAGUUUCCAUCCUUCAAAUCAAACUUCUUCUUCCGCUUCUUCAAUUCCAUUUCCUGCUGAUAUUUCACCACCAAAUCCAAUAUUUAGGCCACCUUUAUCUGUUAAAAAUAUUGAUAUUGUCAGUACCGCAAACACUGUUCCAUUGACCAGUGGUUCCCCUGGGUGGCCUCCUGGUGCAGCAGUGCUUCCAGGGAAUGGCAGUGUUAAUAAAUUUUGGAGUUCUUGUGAGUAUAAAAUUGAAAAGGAGUGUGCUGGGUUGGAUCCAGGAUUGGCUUUCAGGACAAAUUUGAGUUUGCCUUAUGAAUCUGAAUCCAUUUGGCCUUUGCCUAGUUUGAUGCAAAGGGCACAACCUUUUCAACAACAUUAUUCUUCAAUGGUGAAUUUGUCAUCAAGAACUUCAUCAACAUCUGAACUGAAUUUUCAGAUGGAGCCCCCUUCAAACCAAAGCUAUUAUGGAAAUUGUUCACCUUUAUUGCCUGAAGAGGAGAAGAUGGUUGGCAUGAAGAGAUCAUAUCCCUUCUCUCUAGACAAUGCUCCAGGCCCCCCUAUUCACAUCAAAUAUCCUCCCAUUGUUCAUUCCAUCAAUGGAAAAGUUGAAGCUGCUUCAGCCAGCAAAGAUAGCACAUUCAAUUCCGAACCUAGCACUCCGAAUUUCAGGGUCGGACCUUCAUGUUCAAUCUCAAAUUUGGAAUCAAAGUUCAAGAAAAGCAUCAAACAUGGGGUAUUUGAUGGAGAUUUUCUCACAUUAGCUCCUCCCACAACUACAAUGUGUUCAAGCUCAAAAUCCAAGCACCCUCCAUCCAAUUGUGAAACGCUUGACCUCGAGUCGUUAGUUUAUCAACCAAGCUUUGAAGAAUCAAGUAUCCGGCAAGGAACUAUAAGAUUGAACCAGUAUCGACCUUACUAUAGCUUCUUUCCACAAGCAAUGGUACAAAUUGAUCGAGCAACUACAAUAACAAUGAUCAAUUGUAAAGGUGGAGAAGUAGGACAUAUUGAUCUCAAUUUGAAGCUAUAAAAAGUUUAAGAGAUCAUAUCAAAUCUCAUGUGCCUAUUUCUUUUGUAUCUUUAAGGGGCAAGUUUGUUUUUUUUUUUUUUUUUAAAUGGAGAACAUACCAAGAAUCUAAAUCUCCCCCCGUAUGAUUGAGCAAAAAAAAAAAAUUAUAUUGAGCUUUUUGACUCAUUAUUUAAAGGUCAUGUAUCCUUAACAAGAAUUGAAUUCCCCAUUUCUUAAGGAUUUUUAUGUAUACACAUCAUGUGUUCGUGUGAUUGUAAA